CGCCAGCUUUAUCGCCAGAGUCCCUGAACUCUCGCUUUCUUUUUAAAUCCCCUGCAUCGGAUCACCGGCGUGCCCCACAAUGUCAGACGCAGCCGUAGACACCAGCUCCGAAAUCACCACCAAGGACUUAAAGGAGAAGGAAGUUGUGGAAGAGGCAGAAAAUGGAAGAGACGCCCCUGCUAACGGGAAUGCUAAUGAGGAAAACGGGGAGCAAGAGGCUGACAAUGAGGUAGAGGAAGAAGAGGAAGAAGGUGGGGAGGAAGAGGAGGAGGAAGAGGAAGGUGAUAGUGAGGAAGAGGAUGGAGAUGAAGAUGAGGAAGCUGAGUCAGCUACGGGCAAGCGGGCAGCUGAAGAUGAUGAGGAUGACGAUGUUGAUACCAAGAAGCAGAAGACUAGACAGCAAAAAAGGAAAAGUUAA